AUGGUAGUGAAAUUACGAGAAAUCAAAAGUAACGGCAGCAUCCGUAACAUUCAUAACAGUAUGCAGCUAGAUGACGUUGAUGCUGAUGUAAGAAGACAAAGAGAUGAAAGUGAAGAACUGUUGAGGAAGAAGAGAAAACCAAGAGCCAAAAAAGUCAAUAAAUUGUCAAAGGAAGAAGUACGCCAAAAUCAUGUAUCAUCAGAGAAAAAGAGGCGAGAGUUGGUUAGAACCAUUUACGACGAAUUGGUUAAAAUGAUUCCAGACUUACAACCAACUGAGAAUAGAUCAGAAAUGGUAAUCUACCUAAAGACUAUAAAUCACCUCAAUUGGUUAUAUCGAAAUAAUAAAAGACUCUGUGCACAGUUGGAAAAAAAGUACAAGGAAUUAGGUAAGGAUGGUUGUAGAAUACCUGAGAGUUUAGUUUGGGAAUUGAGACAAGGUGGUGAUAGUGGUGGUAAUUCUAAUGAUGAGGGCAAUCACGAUAACGAGGAUAUUGGUGAUAAUAGUGACGAUUAUUCAAACGCCAGUACCAAUACCAACAAUAAUAGUAAAACUAAUAGUAAUACGAAUAGUAAUACCGAUUCCAAUAUUAAUUUUAAUACUGAUACAGAUAAUAGUAAUAAUAAUAAUGGUACUAAAUUAUGA